UGAUGGCCACCAGGUCGAGGGCAGAGCUGCAUUCCGAGCGACGCAGAACCGCUGUCUUCUUGGAGUAAACCUCAUAUCGACUAGACGGGGAAAAGUCACUGCACACCACAGUAACGGGUUAACACGAUUGGAAACCGACCUGCGCUCUCGCCGAGGUUUUUUUUUUUUUUUUUUUUCUAAUAGCAACAUUCUCGCCAUUUUCAGGACACGGACAUUUUCAUCCGAACGGGAGAGUUACUCUCUCCCCCCUUUCGACCGCUUCUGGGUGAAACAGCCUGCGACGUCCAGCGGUCAAGUGGAGUUUAACAAGGCACUCUUUCUUUUCUCGUUACUCAAAGGUCCAUUAUUUAAGACAGAAUCUCUUAUUUGUACACCCCUAUUUUCCUUAAUCGGCUCAACCGUUUUUUUGAGCGCGCGGACAAGACAUGACGACCGAAACUCCGCAGCAGCAGCUGGACCCAACGCCACCUUUGAGAUCAAGUCCGGCAUCUGGAGUUCUGCACACCGCCCUGAUGAGCGCGCAGUCCGUCGUGGAGAGCGCAGCGACGGCAGCCUCUUCGAAAGGCAAGAAGGCGAACUCCGGACUGAGGCGCCCGGAAAAACCGCCCUAUUCCUACAUUGCCCUCAUCGUGAUGGCAAUCCAGAGCUCGCCGACAAAAAGACUGACCCUGAGCGAGAUUUAUCAGUUCCUCCAAGCCAGAUUCCCGUUCUUUAGGGGAUCCUACCAGGGCUGGAAGAAUUCUGUCCGGCACAAUCUGUCUCUGAACGAGUGUUUCAUCAAACUGCCUAAGGGCCUGGGAAGACCGGGGAAGGGGCACUACUGGACAAUUGACCCGGCCAGCGAGUUCAUGUUCGAGGAAGGCUCGUUUCGCCGCAGACCUCGGGGAUUUCGGAGAAAAUGUCAAGCGUUGAAGCCCAUGUACAGGAUGAUGAACGGUAUCGGGUUCGGCACUUCCAUUUUACCUCAGAGCUUUGAUUUCCAGGCGCCCUCGGCGUCCCUGGCGUGUCACACCAACGGCUACAACUUAGACAUGAUGACGAAUUCAAUGACAGGAGGCUACGACGGCCUCAGCGGCGGCCACCACGUCCCACACAUGUCCCCCAGCCCGGGAUCCACUUACAUGGCCAGUUGCCCGGUAACGUCCAAUGGAGAUUAUGGUCCGGACAGCAGCAGCAGUCCCGUGCCUUCUUCCCCCGCAAUGGCGAGCGCCCUUGAGUGCCACUCGCCCUACGCAAGUACCUCUGCGCACUGGGCAUCCUCUAGCGGUUCGCCGUACAUCAAGCAACAAUCACUGGCUUCCAACAGCCCUGCGUCCUCCGGUUUACAUUCUAGCAUGUCGUCGUACUCGUUGGAGCAGAGCUAUCUCCAUCAGAACGCCAGGGACACGGCUGACAUUUCAGUUGGGAUACCUCGAUACCAAAGCCACUCAUCUCCAGUGUGUGACAGAAAAGAUUUCGUUUUGAACUUUAACGGAAUUUCCUCUUUCCACCCGUCAGCGAGUGGCUCGUACUAUCACCACCAUCAUCAUCACCACCAUCAGAGUGUCUGUCAAGACAUCAAGCCGUGCGUGAUGUGAACGACAGCGCGUCCAAGUGCGUAAUUAGUAGGCUAAUGGUGCCAAGUAAAACAGACAAAGAAAAUAUAAAAACAAAGAGACGUUUUCAGUAUAUUAAACGAUCUAUAGACGAGACAAGGCAGUGAUGCGAUGAACACAAAUAAAAAUGACCAGCAAUAUGACUGAGUUAUAAGCAACACACACGAGCAUAAGCAAUAGGACACAUAAAGAGGAAACGCGUCGGUGUUUCUCUGCCUGCAAACCACUUCGCAUUUUAUCCAUUUACGGUUCCAACAACCCAUAAUGUAUACUUCUUUAAAAGAAGUGGGGGAACAGCGUGUAACAUUCAGUCGUCAACUAGGCAUAUGAAUCUUUGAAAAUAUAACCUAUAUUCAAAUGUAUAAAAGUAAAUAUACACGUACACAAAGCUUUUUUAUGAUAAAAAAAAUACAAUUUUGCACUUACUGUAUACCCUCCAAGAAUUGCUUCAGUGUUUUUGUUGUUGUAAAGUAUUACAAUAAAACUGUUAUAUUUUA